CCGAGUGCGAGCCACGCUUCGGUCUCCCUCGCUCCUCUGCGCAUGCUCCGAGUGUUGUCCGUGCUUCCUCGCCGGAGUUUGCGCCUCAUGCCCGGCCCGAAGCGCCCCCGCCCGGCCCGCAUCGGCACCCACGGGGGCACCUUCCACUGCGACGAGGCCCUGGCCUGCUUCCUCCUCCGGCUCCUGCCCUCCUACCAGGAUGCAGAGAUUAUCAGGACACGGGACCCACAACUGCUGUCAGGAUGUGAUGUGGUGGUGGAUGUUGGAGGAGAGUAUGACCCUCAGAGGCAUCGCUAUGACCAUCACCAGAGGUCAUUUGGAGAGUCAAUGCACAGCCUGAAACCUGAUAAACCAUGGCAGACCAAGCUGAGCAGUGCAGGGCUGGUGUACUGCCAUUUUGGCUCCCAGAUUCUGGCCAACCAGUUGGGCCUCAAGGAUGAGGAUCCUGUCGUGCAUGUGCUCUAUGACAAGCUAUAUGAGAACUUCGUGGAGGAGAUUGAUGCAAUAGACAAUGGCAUCUCCCAGUGGGAAGGAGAGCCCCGCUAUGCCAUGACCACUAAUGUGAGUGCCAGAGUCGGGUACCUGAACCCCCGUUGGAAUGACAAGGAUCAGGAUACAGAGGUAGGUUUCCAGAAGGCCAUGGAGCUGGUGGGCAAAGAGUUCUUGGACCGUCUGGAUUACUAUUACCGUGCAUGGCUUCCUGCACGCACCCUCGUAGAGGAGGCCAUCCAGCAACGCUUUGAGAUUGACCCCAGUGGUGAGAUUCUGGUGCUGGCCCAGGGUGGUUGCCCAUGGAAGGAGCAUCUUUUCACCCUAGAGCAAGAGAUGGAUGUGAAGAAGCCUCUCAAAUUUAUCUUGUACACUGAUCUGGGUGGACAGUGGCGAGUACAGUGUGUUCCUGCUGGCUUGCGUACCUUCCAGAACCGAUUGUCACUUUUGGAGGAGUGGCAGGGUUUGCGAGAUGAGGAGCUCUCUGAGGUCAGCGGGAUCCCCGGCUGUGUCUUUGUGCACUCCAGUGGCUUCAUUGGAGGGAACCACACGAAGGAAGGUGCAUUGGAAAUGGCACGAAAGACCCUGGCUCAGAAGACUGACACUAACUGAGGAGCUGGGCAUCACCCAUUCGGACUUCUAGCAGUCAUUUGUUUUGUCAGAUUGCUAUAAAUUUGAGGUUGUUUUUCUUAAAAAAAAAAAAAGCAAAGCAAUGUUUGCGUGUGAUUUGUCUAACAGAGCAACAAGUAUAACUGCACUCAAAGGGUUAGUGGCAAAUCCUCAAAGCCAUGCCAUAACCAUUACAGAGUGAAAUAGUUCCAAUGUAUGAAAAAGUUCAUUGCAAAUACAUCUCCCAGAAUCACCAACCAACAAGACCACUGGCCAUGCUGGUGAGGAGGCUCUGGAACUAUAGUCCAAAGAGGUAACUUUUCUGAACUCCGAGGAAUUCUUUGGGAACAAGCUUGGCAAGAGCAACAAAUCCCAGAUUAAAGGGCUUACGAACAGGGUGUGUCAGAUGGCAUGUGGCUCAGAAACAAAGUGGUGGAUGUCUAAGCAUAGAUGAAGUGAAAGUACACAAAGAUGGCACCAUUCCUUUUGUUUUGCAUAGUUCUGUCAUUUUUAUCAUUCUCUGUUUUAUGUUUUUGCUAGCCGGGAGGAGAAGGGUCUAUGCAGGGCACAGAAGCACUGUCAAUAUUUUUUCCUCCCCUUUGGCUUCAAAUUUCAGCAAACACAGCCUUUGUUAUUUUCAGCCUACUAUAUGUUUAUAGCCUUAUCAUGUAGAAAUGUGCUUUAAAAAAGAAAAGAAGGCUGGCUUUUACACCUACUGCUACUAAUUCUUGAACCAUUUAGAGAGUCCUGGUGAGAUAUUAGACACAUCAGUAGUUUUUUUUUUUUAUCUUUAGCACUGGGACUAAAUCCAUCCUAAAAUUUACUGGUGUUACUGACUGCCAUCGUGUACUGGAUUUAAGAGCUUUGGAAGGGGCAACUGCCACUUUCCAUGCUUUAAACCAGGGACAGGCAGUUAUCAGACAUAUAAGAUCUAUUUUGUUUUCUUAGAGAUCCAGCACCUGAAGCCUAGUGCAAAAGACAUAAACUUUAAAUUAAAGAAUUAUGAAUUCAUUUUGAUUCUGAUUUUGGAAGCUAAGCAGAGUCAUG